CAGGGGGCGCGCUGGAGCCGGAGAAGAAGGAGAAGGCUGUGCAGAUGGCGGGGCGGCGGGUGGCGCUGGUCCUGGCCGGGUGCGGCGUCUUCGAUGGCAGCGAGAUCCACGAGGCCUCGGCCGCCCUGGUCCACCUCAGUCGCGCCGGAGCAGAGGUAAAGAUAUUUGCACCAAAUAUUGAGCAAAUGCAUGUGAUCGACCAUUUAAAAGGUUGCCCAAGUGAAGAAAAAAGAAAUGUCUUAGUGGAAAGUGCCCGCCUUGCAAGAGGCAACAUCCAGGAUUUGGCUGAAUUGAAAGUUGGUGAAUUUGAUGCUGUCAUUUUCCCAGGGGGUUUUGGAGUAGCGAAGAACCUGUGUUCCUGGGCUGUGAAAGGGAAGGACUGCUCUGUAAACGAACUGGUGAAGUCCACCCUUGAGGCCUUUCACAGUGCAAAGAAGCCCAUUGGCCUGUGCUGCAUCUCCCCUGUGCUGGCAGCCAAAAUCUUCCCUGGCUGUGAAGUCACUGUUGGCCACAGCAAAGAUACAGAUGGAAGAUUUCCUGAUGCGGACACAGCAGCUGCAAUAGAAGAACUUGGAUGCAAGCACAUUUCCAAAGAUGUGCAUGAAGCCCAUGUUGAUUCUGCUAACAAGAUUGUCACCACGUGCGCAUUCAUGUGCAAGGCCCCUUUGCAUGAGAUUUUCGAUGGAAUUGGAGCCAUGGUUUCUGAAGUCCUGAAACUUGCCUGAGUGGGGACAGCUGGGUUAGCCCUUUGGUGACUGAUGGAAAUUAUGUUUAACAAAUAGAACUUAUCAUGAUCAAUGGGAUUAAUAAAAUUUAUUCAGCUCCUGA